GAUAAGUUAUUAUCAAAUUGUAUCAUGGUAUCGGAGCUAAGGCUCUCAAAAACCUAGCCUCUCUUUUUUUCCGACCACCAUGGCAGCCCCGUCGGAUCCUUUGGCGUCCUUACCCUCCGGAAUAAAACUUUUGCUUCGGAGUCUCCACAACUUAAUCCCAGAAAAACUCACCGAAACAAAUUAUCCGGCAUGGUCUCUCAAUGUCCAGACAGCUCUUUCAGCUAAUCUCCUCCUUGGAUGGAUUGAUGGUCAUGAAGCAGCCUCGGAGCCAACUAUCUCCAAAAACGAUAAAACCGUCCCUAAUCCAGAGUAUACCUCCUGGACCAUCGUUGACACACAGAUCUGCGCCUGCCUCCUAGCGGUCAUCAGCCCCACCGUUCACAAACAUGCUCGCGGCUUCACCACAUCUGCUGCCCUCUGGGAUGCUUUGGCCGCACGGUACAACUCCGUGUCCACCGCUCAUGUUUAUCAGCUUCGGGACAAACUCCACACUCUUCGUAAAGGUACCAAAACUAUGACACAAUACCUUGAUGAUGUGGCAACUAUUCUCUCGGAUCUCGAUGCCUUGAAAGAAGAGAUCCCUGAACGUGAUGUGGUGAAUGCUGUUAUUCGUGGUCUUCCCACCAAAUCUCCCUUCUCUCANCCGUUCACAAACAUGCUCGCGGCUUCACCACAUCUGCUGCCCUCUGGGAUGCUUUGGCCGCACGGUACAACUCCGUGUCCACCGCUCAUGUUUAUCAGCUUCGGGACAAACUCCACACUCUUCGUAAAGGUACCAAAACUAUGACACAAUACCUUGAUGAUGUGGCAACUAUUCUCUCGGAUCUCGAUGCCUUGAAAGAAGAGAUCCCUGAACGUGAUGUGGUGAAUGCUGUUAUUCGUGGUCUUCCCACCAAAUCUCCCUUCUCUCACAACCAAUCAAUGGAAUGCACUCAUGGGACUCUUAAACGAGAAAGAUUCGGGUAUGGAAAGUAAAUUUUCAGGUAUGAC